AUGUUCUGUUCAUCUCUUCGCAAAAGACAACAAUGGGCUUCAUUGCCUUCCACUUUACUGAUGGAGAAGAUGCCAAAGUGGAAAGAAGCGACUCUGAACACACAUGAUUUAUCACUCCCAAUGCAGAGUAAAACAGGUGAACAAGAGUUUUUUAGAGUUCUCUUGCUCUCUUCAGUAGAUAUGCAACCUAUCGCAAAUGUAUCCGCCCGAGUCGAGAGACUCUAUCACCAGACUGGAGGUCGCAAUGUAGGAAUAAUUUUUCUUCUCCGCGAAAAGGACGGCAACGACAAUGGCUUGAAAGAAUUUAUGGAGCUUCAAAUCAGCUUGAUGUCCACUUUCAAGAUACCAAUUCUACCUCUGAUAUCAGUCCCGCAAAUCCUCUCAAUAGUACAACCUUUUCAGAGACAACUUUGUGUCGUUCCAUCCUCCAAAAGAGUCGAUGCUCAAUAUGAGCUUCUGCCAUUCAGCCACGUCGGUAACACCAUGACGGAACAUACAAGAAAUAUACUCAGCGAUAUCUGUCACAGUGUCCCAGAACUGGCUCGUACUGCUAGUACGACCGAUGGACAAAAGCAGUUGAGGGAUUGGCUUUCAGAACCCAAUCCUGAAUCCGCGCAGGAUGUUAUAGACUUUUGGAAGCGAGAAUAUCUCCUCGAUUAA